UUUGUUGAGUGUCCUACGCUCUUCCUUUCUUUCUCUCCAGACUAUUCACUCUCUCUGCAAGUCCCACCGUCCUCCAUUGUUGAUUGAAUAUCCAGCUCGUCUCACUCUAGGCUCGUUAACCACCGAAACUUCGGCGCCAGUUCCAGCUCUGCCGCCUGCUUGUCCGCCGACUUCCGACCUCCAGCCAACUCAUCGGUCACUUGGUUCGGGAGAUUCUAACAUGGACAACUCAUUUUUCGGUGAAUCUCAACAAGCUCCAAUGUCCGUUGAUCACUCUCAACUCCAAGUUGGAAUGGCUCGCACUAAGAAACAACAACAGGGUAGCAACUUCUCUGUAGAGGAAGACAAGCUCUUAGUAUUGUCGUGGCUAAAUAUUAUCAUGGAUGCAGUGCACGGGAUUGACCAAAAACAUCCGCAAUUUUGGCAGAGAGUUCACGCAUACUACCAUGAACAUAAGGAGUUCCCUUUUGAACGAGCUUCUAACUCCCUAAUGAAUCGGUGGUCAAUUAUUGAACAAUCGAUCAAUAAGUUUUGUGGGUACUUGACUCAGAUUGAAUAUCGGCGCCAAAGUGGUAUUACUAUGCAAGACAAGAUUGCCCAGGCGAAGUUUAUGUAUCAAUCACUUGAGAAUGCCUCUUUUCCAUUUGAACAUUGUUGGAAUUUGUUGAAGGACAAACCAAAGUGGUUGCUGCAUGUUCCCAAGGAAAAACAAAGAAGAUCAUCUAUGGCAACAUUGGCUAAUCUCACUCAUAUUCCGUAUACGAUAAAUGAAGUUGAGGGGGACGAUGUAUCGCAUGGUAAAAUUUUUGACUUUGAGAGACCAAUAGGCAGGAAAGCUGAAAAGGCAAAAAGAAAGAGGAAAGAGGGUCCCUCCGAAGAUGUUGUGGUAUUCAUGAAGAAGAAAAUGGAAAGUCUUGUGGAAGCAAGUGUUCAAGGAGAAGAGAUAAUUUGCUUGGAAAAGGAAAAGCUUCAAUUGCAACGAUUGGAUCGGGAGGAGAAAAUGAAUAUUGAAAGGAAAAAGCUUCAUUUGCAAGAAUUGGAACGGGAGAAGAGAAUAAUGUUGCUUGAUACAAAUAAGAUGUCCGAAGUACAACAAAAAUAUUGGAAGGCACGCCAAAUGGAAAUCCUUGAGAAGUCAAGAAUCAAGUAACUAGUCAUGAUUUGUUGCUGUUUGCUAGUAACUUUACAUUGAUAGUAGCAGCUACUAGUCUAAAACUUUUCUUGUACUCUUUGUUAUCUGCUAAUUUUUUAUUGCACUUUAAUGUUCUAUGCAGGAUCUUUUGUUUGAAAGUUUCA